UCCCGGGACACCCUCGUGUGGGAGGGAAGAGGUGGAGAACAGAGGGAGGCAGUGAUGAUGAGAAGGAGUCGUUGAGAAGGACAGAGAGAUAGAGAGAGAGACGGAGUGGACACAUCAAAAUAAAUCGUCUUCAACGGUCAAGGAAGUGGAAAUACCGAACAUCUUUUUUUGUCUCUCCACGCAUGGCUGCCUAGUUUCAACCACGCAGAACUUCUUUAGCCGUGGGCUUUGCGUGCGUGGGCAGACGGGGUCCUCGCUCUGAAGGAUGGACAGUUUAACAAGGACCAGGUUGCGCAGAAGAACACAUUUAUUUAUUUUCAUCUUAAUUCAUCUAACAACGGCUCAAAAUGCUGAUCCCAUUGAUGUUCUGCGAGUGCUUGGGUUGUCAGAGAACAUGGAGGGGGUGUCCUUGGAGGCUGGUCUCUGCACCAGCAGGAGGGGAACCGAGGAGAUGGACCUGGCUUACAAGAUCAAAAAGAUCCAGCUCAGCGCUCCCACUAAACAGCUAUUCCCUGAAUCCAAUUUUCCUGAAGAUUUCUCCCUGAUGACGACAGUUAGGGCUAAAAAGGGCUCCCAGUCCUUCCUGCUUUCGGUUUAUGAUGACCAGGGGGUCCAGCAGCUCGGCCUUGAAGUGGGUCGGUCACCUGUCUUUCUGUAUGAGGACCAGCACGGACAGCCCACUCCAGAACUUUAUCCCAUCUUCAAGAAGAUCAACCUGGCAGAUGGAAAAUGGCACAGGGUUGCUUUUAGUGUGCAAGACAAGACCGUGAGCCUUUACCUGGACUGUGAGAAGGUAGAGACCCUGGAUCUGCUCCGAGGGGACGAUGUUGCUGUCAGCACAGACGGCGUCACGGUUUUUGGAACACGGCUGCUGGAUGAAGAAGUUUUUGAGGGAGAUAUUCAGCAGCUGUUAAUUGUGGAAGACCCGCAGGCUGCUGCCAACUACUGCAUAAACCACAUACCAGACUGUGACUUUGCUCUACCUUACAACAGUCAAGCUCUGGACCAGCAGGAGCUCUCUCAACUUGAGUUUGAUGCUUCAGUGCAAAGUGACCAACCAGCUGAAGAAAAGAAGGAACCAAAAGAGGAGAGGAACAGAAAAAAGAACAAGAAGAAGAGGGACAAAAGCUCUAAAGGAAAACGAAAAGGCAAGGGCAAGAAGGGCUCCAGAAAGAAAAAGCAUGAAGAUGAAGGUCUUGAGGAAGGCUUCCUAAGAACACCUACAGCUGCUCCAGAGUUUCAGUCACAGAAACCCUUCCAGCCCACAGGCCUACCAGACGUUGAGACCACCUUUAACGUCUUUUCCACCCAAGUGCUUGACAGAACCACGACGGAGCUGCUCACACUUAAACCCGACUUCACAACUGAAGCCCCCUCAGUGGUGCCUAGCACGCUGCCCGUAUCAAAGUUAGCCAAGGAGGAGAGCACGCCACUGGAGAAAGCAGUGGUGGCGGAGUACGAUGAUGGUCUUUUUGCACACCUGUAUGAAGAUCUCUCCGUUUCCACGGUGACCGUGGGCCCAAAUGUUACUGAAUAUGAGAUUCUUGAAUAUGAAGAUUUGAAAAACGACACAGAGUCGGAGUACGAAGAAUAUGAAAUAUAUGAGGACGGCUUUGACUUUGCGGAGCGGGAACGAGCCGAGACUUUAAAUGUUGAGGCUGCACUCAGAGCAGAAAAAGGCCAAAAAGGAGAGCAAGCUAUUAUUGAACCGGGUCUUUUGGUGAUUGGGCCCCAAGGCUUACCAGGACCAGAGGGGCUUCCUGGACCAGCUGGACCAACAGGUCCUCCAGGACCCAGAGGAGAUCCAGGGGACCUGGGUCCUCCAGGGCGUCCUGGUCUUGCUGGGGUUGAUGGGAUCCCAGGUCCUCCAGGAACCAUCCUAAUGAUACCAUUCCACUACGGAGGUGAUUCACAGAAGGGACCAGUGGUGUCAGCCCAGGAGGCACAAGCCCAUGCUAUCCUGCAGCAGUCCAAGAUGUCACUUAUGGGGCCUCCAGGUCCGCUGGGUCUGACAGGACGACCAGGCCCGAUGGGUGUUCCAGGUCCAGCUGGGCUCAAAGGGGAUCAGGGAGAGAAUGGCCCUCCUGGACCUCGUGGAUUGCCAGGCCCUCAUGGAAUUAAUGGAAAACCAGGAAAGAGGGGACAUGCAGGUGUGGAUGGAGGUCGGGGAUCUCCAGGUGAAACAGGAGCAAAGGGUGACAGGGGCUUUGAUGGUCUGCCAGGUCUCCCAGGAAACAAGGGACACCUAGGGGACAGAGGAAGACCUGGUCCUCAAGGGCCUAUUGGAGAGCCAGGCGAGAAGGGAUCCGAUGGACCUGUUGGACCAAGAGGGCAAGCAGGUGAACCUGGUCCCCGAGGUCUUGUCGGGCCACGGGGGCCCCCUGGCUCCCCUGGACAACCGGGUAUAGCUGGUACCGAUGGAGUACAAGGUUCAAAGGGCAACCAGGGACCACAUGGAGAAAUAGGCCCUCCAGGUCAACAAGGAAAUCCAGGAAUACAGGGCUUCCAUGGUCCUCAGGGUCCUAUUGGAGCCCCAGGAGAGAAGGGUCCCCCAGGUAAACAGGGCAUGCAGGGACUCCCAGGCAUUGAUGGUCCUCCAGGUCACCCAGGAAGGGAGGGACCCCCAGGAGAAAAAGGCAUCCAAGGCUUGCCUGGAACUCAGGGGCCUGUUGGGUACCCGGGCAUCCGUGGAGUCAAGGGAGCCGAUGGAGUUAGAGGUCUAAAGGGGAGCAAAGGAGAAAAAGGAGAAGAUGGCUUUCCUGGGCCUAAGGGGGACAUGGGUGUCAAGGGUGACAGGGGUGAAAAUGGAGCAGUUGGUUCUCGUGGAGAGGAUGGUCCGGAAGGGCCAAAGGGUCAGACGGGACCUGUAGGAGAGUCGGGACAAGUUGGAGCAGCAGGAGAGAAGGGCAAACUCGGUGUUCCUGGUUUGCCAGGUUACCCAGGAAGACAAGGCCCCAAGGGAACACUAGGCUUCCCCGGUGUAGCCGGCAUCUUGGGAGAGAAAGGAAGAAGGGGUGCAUCUGGUCAGCCAGGCCCAGGAGGCCAAAGAGGUCCUAAUGGAGCCCGGGGUGGAAGAGGAGCAAGGGGGCCAACCGGAAAGCCUGGAGAAAAGGGUUCUGCUGGACAAGAUGGGCCUCCAGGAUCUCCAGGAGAUCAGGGUCCUCAAGGAGCACAGGGGCAGAGUGGGGAACCAGGACCUAAAGGGCCUAAUGGCCCCUCUGGAAAGGAUGGAUUACCAGGCCAUCCAGGUCAGAGAGGAGAACCAGGGUUUCAAGGCAAGAAUGGACCUCCUGGUCCUCCAGGAGUUGUUGGACCUCAGGGGAAAUCUGGUGAGACAGGGCCAACUGGAGAUCGAGGUCAUCCAGGCUCACCAGGACCACCAGGUGAGCAUGGUUUACCAGGAGCUGCUGGAAAGGAGGGUGCCAAGGGAGAUCCGGGCCCACUUGGAGUAGCAGGAAAGAGUGGCCCCCCGGGGCUCAAAGGCUUCAGAGGGAGCAGAGGAACCCCUGGUGUGACGGGCCCUCCAGGUCUAAAGGGAGGAGAAGGCUUACCUGGCACUGCAGGAACUAUUGGUGCUACUGGUGAGAGGGGUCCUGCUGGGCCGGCUGGUGCUAUCGGCCCACCAGGACGACCAGGCAGCAUUGGUCCUGCUGGGCCGAACGGAGAGAAAGGCGAGCCAGGAGAGAAGGGAACCUUGGGACCUGCUGGGCAUGAUGGGCAACCAGGACCUACAGGACUGCCUGGGGUUGCUGGAUCGCCUGGGCCUCCUGGGGAGGACGGAGACAAGGGAGAACUGGGCACACCAGGCCAGAAAGGCAGCAAAGGAGACAAAGGAGAAGCUGGACCCCCAGGACCUGUUGGUAUUCAAGGACCUGUAGGCCAACCAGGACCAUCAGGUGCAGAUGGUGAGCCAGGUCUUCGUGGGCAAAUGGGUGUGAACGGGGCAAAAGGCGACGAAGGACCAAGGGGGUUCAAAGGACCACCAGGUCCCUCUGGGCUACAGGGAAUGCCAGGUCCCCCUGGUGAGAAAGGAGAAAGUGGCCAUGUUGGUUCAAUGGGGCCACCGGGACAGCAUGGACCACGAGGACCUCAGGGAGCCAUUGGUGCAGAGGGAUCCCUAGGCUCACCUGGAGGAGUUGGCCAGCCUGGACGUGUUGGAGAGAAGGGGGAGGAUGGAGAAGCAGGAGACCCCGGCCCAGUUGGAGAGUCUGGCCUUCCUGGCGCUAAAGGUGAUGUUGGGGAAAAGGGUGAUUCUGGCCCCCCUGGUGCAGCUGGGCCUCCUGGAUCCAGAGGGACCCCGGGAGAAGAUGGGUCUAAAGGCAAUCUUGGUCCAAUUGGAUUUCCUGGAGACUUAGGCCCCCCUGGAGAGCUAGGCACCAGUGGAGUCGAUGGGGCUCCUGGAGCUAAAGGAGAUGACGGAGAACCAGGAAAAGCAGGACCGCCAGGAGCAUCUGGAGAACCGGGUCCAACAGGAGCUCCUGGUCGGAGGGGCCAUAUUGGUGCCGCAGGAAAAGAAGGGAAGCAAGGCGUGAAAGGAGGCAAAGGGGCUACGGGAGCUCAGGGUCCAGUGGGAAAAACAGGCCCAGUAGGGCCCCAAGGUCCACCAGGGAGGCCUGGUCCAGAAGGACUUCAUGGUAUUCCGGGCCCUGCGGGGGAACAAGGGCUAAAUGGACCACCAGGACAGACGGGACCACCAGGACCAUUGGGUCCACCAGGACUUCCAGGAUUGAAAGGAGACCCUGGCAACAAAGGAGAAAAAGGUCAUGGAGGGUUGAUUGGCUUAAUUGGCCCCCCAGGGGAACCUGGUGAAAAGGGAGACAGAGGUCUACCAGGAAGCCAGGGUUUGCAAGGUGCUAAAGGAGACGAGGGUAUGCUGGGCUCACUUGGUCCCAUUGGCCCACCGGGUCCACCUGGACUGUCAGGUCCAGCUGGUGAGAAAGGAUCGAAGGGAGAGUCGGGCGUUACUGGUCCCAUAGGAGAUCCAGGCCCUGCCGGUCUUCCAGGACCCCCGGGACCACCUGCAACAUUCGUUCAACCUCUGCCUAUUUGGGAGGAGAGGCGGAAGAGACGAAGACAUUCAGAUCAAGCAACAGGAGCAGCACCAACCAGGGAGGAUGAGGAGGCGUUCCUCCAGGGUGAUCAACCUUUGGAGGAUGCUGAGGGAAUGGAGGAAGUCUUUGCUACCCUCUCAUCUAUGAAGAAUGAUGUGGAGCUCAUAAGGAAGCCUCUUGGAACAUUUGACAGCCCCGCUAGGACCUGCAAGGAGCUGAUGAUGAUCCAACCUGACUACAAAGAUGGGGACUACUGGAUAGAUCCCAACCAGGGCUGUCACAGAGACUCCAUCAAGGUCUUCUGUAACUUCACUGCUUAUGGAGAGACCUGUCUUUACCCUGACAAAAGGAUUGAACUGGUAAAAUUGUCAGCGUGGGCAAAAGAGAAACCAGGAAGCUGGUUCAGCCAGUACAAAAAGGGAAAACAGUUCUCGUACACUGACAGGGACGGGAACCCUGUGCAUGUAGUUCAGCUGACCUUCCUGAAGCUUUUAAGUGCCACAGCCAAACAGAGCUUCACCUAUAUCUGUCAGAAUUCAGCAGGCUGGUUUGACAGCACCUCCCGCUCCUACCAGCAUGCCCUCCGCUUCAAGGGUAGCAACGAUGAGGAACUCACACAAGCCAAAAGCCCCUUCAUCACGGCGGUGCACGAUGGAUGCCAGCUUCGCAGAGGUCAGGAAAGGACCGUUCUAGAGAUUGACUCCCCAUCAGCCGAGCUGCUGCCCAUCGUAGAUGUGGCUACAGCAGACUUCGGCAGCAACAGCCAGAAGUUUGGAUUCCGAGUCGGACGAGUGUGCUUCAAUGGUUAACAUCUUGGCGGUAACAAACAUGGAGGACCUUCACGAAAAGUCUUCAGUGAAAGAAAUUGGACUUUAAAAAGUGCUCAGACAACAUUGAUAAUGUUAUGAUGUAUGUGGUGGGUUUGUGGUAUAGUAUUUAAGACUUUUCAAAUGCCAUUGCAAUAUUUUUUAUGAAUUUACAACAGGAAUAAAGAAAGGCAGAAAAGAAUAUAAACAACAGCGUAAACGCAGCACCUUCACCAAAGGGAAUUACUGCAGUUAGAUAUGUUGAAUUUUAAGAUUUUGUUUUCUGAUGUUCCUUUGUUGUACAAAUAGGCCAUGAGAGAUCCUCUGGAAUUCUAAGGACUACACCACUUGAUAAUUAACAGUUAUAAGCAAAAUAGAUUGUCCAGCCACAGUGUUUAAUCAAACAGUUAAAUAGGAUUUUGCAGACCAUGGCUAGCUACUUGCUACCUAAUCUAUCCAACAAACAGAGUGAAUGAAACAGAAGGGUAGCAUUCCUCUGCAUGCGUGCAUUUCACCACAAUAACAAUUAUCUAGCACUAGUGAACAGGCAAUGGAUAUUAAUUCCACACAAACACUAUAAUUAGUUUCUUGUGUAUAAGAAUGAAAAAUUGUUCUUUUUGUCCUUCAAACUGCAGUUUGCUCAGUGAAUGACCUUGUUUUGUAUUCAUUAGGUAUAGCGAGCUAUUGAACCCAACACUUACUUGAAUGAACAGGGUUGUUUUGUUUAUUGGACUGCUUCCCUCCCAGUGCUUUAGUGGCAAGCUUUUUGAGCCUGCUGAUGUGUCCACAUACCAGCGUCCUGCAUGUAUCAGAAGGAUACACACACUGUGAUGCACCUAUAGAGAUUUUUCAUAGCAUGAAUGAACAGCACAAUGAUUAAAAUAUUCUUCAGUUCCAAGAAAUUUCAUGCAUUUUAUAAUUGCUGACUUAACAUGUUUAUUUCUUUUUCUUUUUUGCCUGACUCUGAGGUUUUUUGUGUGUUUGAUAUAUAUAUAUAUAUAUAUAUAUAUAUACUUUAUUUUUGUGUUCAUAUGCAAAAAUUUUAACAGAGUCAUUUGCUAUUCUUGCAUAAUACGCUCGUCUGCGGUGCUACAGAUGAUUCCGUUUUUUUGUGUAACUAUGUUUGUGUGUCUCUGAGGGCAGAAUUAAAGGACUAGAGAGUGAGAGGGUUAUUGCUCUUUCAGCAGCUUGAAACGCUCCAAGAGGUUGGGGACUUCUCUCCCGAUUAUUUUUUUUUUUUUGCACGUCUUCUGGCUGAUUGUGUCAUUUUCACAGAGCCAGUGAAAGGAGGCUUGAACGUCUCAGAGCAGCAAGGCUGAUUGCCUUAAAGAGAAAAGCCACUCUGAAAUGAAAUUUAUUCUGAUGUUCUUGUUAUUUUAGAAGGUGAAAUCUGAAGCGUCUAAAAAUAGAAAUACUUGUCUUUCUGAACCUUGAAACAUAAAAAGCAGUAAAUUGAAAGUGAUCACAACCAAGUAAAAAUAAACUGAUCUGGAAUUCCACUUUUAGCAGCCUGCCAAUACAAUCGUCUUAGAAAUUGGGGGAUGUCUUGUGAUGUAAGUUUUGUUUGAAGCCUCAUCUUGAAUUGAGCUGUGAAAGAACACAAAACAGAUAUAUGUUUGUGGAUUCCAUUUUACAGCUGAUUUCCUCUGCUGCAAAUGAAAUAUCUUAAAGUUCAACUACCUCCUCUGACUCAAGUAGUCUGUGUGUACAACGUGUGUAAUUAUGCCAUUCAGUCCUGCUGUUCUGUUCAUUUCACAGCAUGUAACCAGUCCAGCUGAUCCUCUCCUCCUUUCCCAUCAUGCACUGCCCUUAACGUGUAUAGUCCUUGUUGUAGUAAAUUUAUAUAAUGUACAGUUAUUUGGAUUUCAUCAGCAAUAACAUGUUGCUUGAAUUUACAAUAAAAUGUAGAGUUGACAUGCAAAUAAAAA